ACUCCAACAACAACAACAGAGCCCCGGUUGCACAAGCGUCCGAGGAGGACAGCAGGAAGACAGGUCUCUUAGAAACUGCAGACAUGUCUCUUCUGCGGUUAUCUGCUCCGGCCAGCAGGCUUGUACUGUCCAAGAGUUUAGCUGCAGAAUCCGUCUUUAAAGGUUGUUUCCGGGCAGCCAGCGGAGCGGUGAAGGACAAGGAGCCGCUGAAGAAGGCCAAAACCCCGCAGGGUCGGUUUGACGGCCCCGAGGAAGCGAGCCAAGCUGCUCUGCAAAAGUUCCCCGAUGACGUGAACCCCAAAACCAAGGAGAUGGGGGGUCCUCGGGGACCAGAGCCGACCCGCUACGGAGACUGGGAGAGGAAAGGCCGCUGUGUGGACUUCUAGUUCCAUACAUGUAAAAAGAAAGAAAAUCACACCUGUGUUAUGGAGAUGUAUAUUUUAAACCAGUGCAUGUUUUUUCCGUUCACUCAAGUUUGAGAAGCGAGGUGAGACUAAGGUUGAAAGUGUUUAUUAUUGGUACUGUAUUCAUACUGACAGAACAUGUACACCAGUCUGCAGACUAAUGGACAGCUUAACAUUGUAUAGAUCCGCAAUGUUUAAAUUAUUUUUUAAAUAUGUGAAGCUCCAAGACCUGUUUUGUACAUUGAUUGUUUGACCAUGUGGAGUUACCAAAAGAAUGUCUCAAAUAAAAUAAAAAAGUAAAACCAGA